AUGGCUGCCGCUGCUGCAGCGCCUAUGGACACCGAGGACGUGGGCACCGGCGCCACUCAGGGCUUUGCUGCCUCGCACAUGGGCGAUGCCACCAACUCUGGGAUGGACCAGACGCGGGCCGAGCUAGCCGCUAUCGAGGUCGACGAGGAGGCGGCCAGGAGGACCGCUGCUGCCGCUGCCGCCAACUUGCUGCCACCAGGGCUCCCGGCUCCAGCAGCGGUACCUGCUGGGGUCGGGAUGGAGGUCGCUCCGAUCUUGGAGGCGGGCUCCGCGACUGAAGCCUCGCGGUUGCUGUCAGCGUUGCGAGCUCCGCCGCCGCUGGUGGCGCGGGAGGCGCUCCUGAAGGAGUGGAUCGAAAACGGGAUGUUUCAGAACUACGAUUUGACGCAGCCCGUCUCCUUCGUGGACUCGAACAACCAGGGCCAGUGCCUUGCGCGGUCAAGUGACAGCGGCAGUCCAGCGCUGCGAGUUAGAUUUGAAAACCGUUCUAUCCGCUGCCGCACCAAAGCGAGCAAACUGCUGGUGUACAGGGAGCUCGGGGUAGAGGCGUCGCGGUCCAUCGAGGGGUGCGUGAACACCCCCAACGUGAGCAUUUACACGCAGCUUUCCGAUGUGCUUCGGGCAAGGGGCCCCGUGGUUCAGGACAAGGCGGUCGCAUGGGCAACUGCCGCUCUUGCGGAGAAAGGCGCAGAUAAUUUGCUUGAGCAGCUGAUCGGCCAGACCGCCGUCAUGUGGACUCUCAACCACCACGACGCCCUCACCCGCCUCCUUCGGUCUUUUGUUCGCCGCUCCACUCACGCGCACUGCCCAGACUCUCUCGUCAUGGUCUCAACGAUCCCCAUCACGAGUGGCCUCACCACCGCCACGAAUAUCACCGACCUCUGCGCCAUCCGUCGGUUGUUCGAAACGUGGCUGCCUAUUGUCAAGGCGGAAGAAGUCCAGGCGUUCACGUUUGAUAUGAUGGCGGAUUCCUUGCACCAGUUCUCGGCGUUCCGCGCCUUGCCUCUGCUGGCGGGAGUGCAGUUCCGCUGCCACUGGCGGAGUCUUCUGAUCUUGGUGACAACCGCUCGGGUGGCCAUCGACAUGAUCUCCCCAAGUUUCUUCACGGCUUUCGAUCUCGCCACUUGCGCACAGCAGCUCCGGCGCGCCCAUCUGCCGCUUUCGACGCACUAUGGCCCCAAGGGGCUUUGCCUAAGAUGCCGAUUCCUUCGUCUCGGAGUGCAACGGCCAUGGCGCCUCUCACAAUUGCUGGCCGCUUCGCAGCCAAAUGUCCGUGCAUCCGCAGCGAAGUUCUUGGUCAUCUCCGACGCUUCGGCGGGAACGUGCACCUCCGCGAUGGACGACGUCUACAAGCGGUCGAACGACGCCUGCGCCUUUCACCCCGCGCAGGCUGUGACGGCGGCGGACGGGGCCCGCUCGAUCCAGGAGGGGGCCUCCGAGAUUGGCGUCGUGGGCAACGCGUUCUGUCUCGCGCAGCGCUCGAACCAGCACGGCGCGAACGUUGUCCUCGGCAUCCAGGGCGGCAGGUGCGGCGAUCAGCCGAGGUACUGGAUCUGCAACAUCCAGCAGCACUGCAACGGCUCGUGCCUCAGGGAGCACAUCUUCGGGGUCCUCGUCGACGUCCGGGCGUUCUCGGAGGGGUGCACCAAUCGCGCCCGCGCCCAAAUGGGCUCUUCUCACAGGCGCAGCCGAUGGCCCCCCGCGACCGCUGGGGCCCUGAUGCACCAAGGUCUGCGAGCAGACCUGGUUGCCCCCAUUGGUAUCGACUGGGGCAGCGGACAGCUUGACCAGGCUGGAACAGCCUAG